GGGAGGUAUUCAGUGGACAGCCACCUACUGUGUCUGUUCCCACGACUGCUCCAGGGUGCUGGCCCAGGCUGGAGGGUUGAGCCAGAGCCCCCUCCGUCACCCUCCUCUGUAUACCUGGCGGACCAGGUAGGGCCCAGCCAGUGCAAGAGGAGACAGAAAUGAGCCUCGGGCCGUGCCUGGAAGUCCAAGAUUGCAGACAAGGGACACAGUGGACGGAAAGAAGCCACUCCUCUGAAGAGCAAGAUCUGACCUGGCCACUGAGGAGCUCUGUAGAUGUCAUGGAACCCCCAGUACCGGAGCUCCAAGUUCCGCCACGUCUUUGGCAAAGCAGCCACCAAGGAAAACUGCUACGACUCAGUGCCCAUCACCAGCAGCGUCCACGACAAUCACUUCUGUGCUGUGAACCCCCACUUCAUUGCAAUUGUGACUGAGUGCGCUGGAGGGGGGGCCUUCCUUGUCAUCCCCCUGCACCAGACUGGAAAGUUGGACCCCCACUACCCAAAGGUCUGCGGGCACAGAGGAAACAUCUUAGACAUCAAGUGGAACCCUUUUGACGAUUUUGAGAUCGCUUCCUGUUCUGAAGAUGGCACGAUUAAGAUAUGGGACAUCCCCAGGCAGUUUCUGGCGAAGAACCUCACAACCUACAAGAAGGAGCUGGUGUGCCACAUGCGCAGAGUGGGCCUGGUGGAGUGGCACCCCACAGCCGCCAACAUCCUUUUCAGCGCCGGCUACGACUACAAGGUGAUGGUCUGGAAUCUGGAUACAAGGGAGUCUGUAAUCACAAGCCCGGUCAAGACAAUUUCCUGUCACCAAAAUGUGAUCCUGUCCAUGUCCUUCAAUACCGACGGCAGCCUGAUGGCCACCGCCUGUAAAGAUCGAAAGAUUCGGAUUCUCGAUCCCCGAUCAGGGACCGUCCUCCAGGAAACCGGCAAUCAGGGGCACAAGCCCAACAAGGUGCUGUUUCUGGGGAACCUGAAGAAGCUGUUGUCCACUGGCACAUCCCGAUGGAACCACCGGCAGAUAGCCCUGUGGGACCAGGAAAACCUCUCUGAGGCUAUCAAGGAGGAGGACCUGGAUGGCUCCUCAGGCGUGCUGUUUCCCUUCUAUGAUGUGGACACCAACGUGCUCUACGUGGUGGGGAAGGGAGAUGGGAAUAUCCGCUACUAUGAGGUGAGCACGGACAAGCCUUACCUUAGCUACCUGACUGAAUACCGCUCCAACAACCCUCAGAAAGGAAUUGGUGUUAUGCCAAAGAGAGGUCUCGACGUGUCAUCCUGCGAGAUCUUCCGCUUCUACAAACUGAUUACAACCAAAAACCUCAUCGAACCUGUAUCCAUGAUUGUGCCCCGGAGGUCGGAAUCCUACCAAGAGGACAUCUACCCACCCACGGCAGGGGCCCAGCCCUCCAUGACCGCCAAGGAGUGGCUCGGUGGCAUGAAUAAAGGGCCUGUCCUGGUAUCCCUUAGGCCCGGCUCCGAGAUGCUGAGUUCCCAGCCUCUGCCUCCAGAGAAACCCGUUUCUAACCCCCCAACCCCCACGUCGUCCUGGCUCCCGGACCAGAAGGAAAAGAUGGUUCCCGAAGAUGGCCGUAGGCCCUCCUUCUCCCUGCCAGAGAGGACAUCAAGAUGGAUGCCAGAGCACAGACUGGAGGAGAAGAAAACCUGGCUCACAAACGGCUUUGAUAUCUUCGAAUGCCCCCCACCAAAGACAGAGAAUGAGCUGCUACAGAUGUUCUAUCGGCAACAGGAGGAGAUCCGAAGGCUGCGGGAGCUGGUGACUCAGCGUGAAGUCCAGGCCAAACAGUUGGAACUAGAGAUCAAAAACUUGCGGAUGAGCUCAGGGAGGUUCUGAGCAUAGGUCUCUGCCCUCCCCACCCUCAGGGACACUACUUGGCUCCAUGGGGAGGUCUGGGACCGAAUCACAGGUCUCCCGUGAACAACCACUAUUUCUAUAUUUUUUACCAGAAAACAAAGCUCUCAGUCGCUGAAAGAUUCCAGUGGGACAUGGUGCCGUUUUUCUUGUUGCCUUCUUGCAACAACAGUUCCUUUUAGAUGCUAUCUUGCCUUCUAUUUAAUUCUGUGUUUAGGGGUCCAUUGUGAGCUGUAACCUCCCAAAGGGAAAGAACAAUAUAUAUAGAAAAAUAGAGCUGGAAGGAGCUAGGAGGUGAAUUGCCUCUGAUUUCAGACUGUGGUCCAGACUAGGGUGAAGACUAAACAGAAAGGCUGUCCCCGCCCCUACCCCAACACACACCCCUUCCAAUCAGACACUCCCCUUUUUAAAAUUUUGUAUAUUGG